AUGACCCUCUUGUUCAAGAAGGCUAUGACCCUCUUGUUCAAAAAGGCUAUGACCCUCUUGUUCAAGAAGGCUAUGACCCUCUUGUUCAAGAAGGCUAUGACCCUCUUGUUCAAGAAGGCUAUGACCCUCUUGUUCAAGAAGGCUAUGACCCUCUU